AUGAAAACAUUUACUUUAUAUUUAAAAAUUUUUACAUUUCUUCUUUUACUUUGGAUAUUCCAUUACUUUUACAACGAUGAUUCUAGUAAGUCUUUGAUUAAUAAAGAUACCUCACAAACAAAAAUUGGGUUAAAACACAAAAGAAUGUUAGCAGAGGGUGAUAAAUCAGAAAAAAAUUCAUCUUAUAUUAAAAAACUUGUAGAACAUUAUCCAUCUGGUGAAAUAGAGAUUAGUCGUGAAGAUUUUGUUUAUUUAAUUCAGAGCUAUAUUAAAUGUUAUAACGCUAAUAUUAAAACAAACGAUGUAGAUCAAGUUAAAUUUAAUGAAGAAAAUGAAAUGAUAUAUAAAUGUAGAGAUAAAAUAUUGGAUUCUUAUAUAAAUAAUAUUUCAGAAGAAAUAGAAUUAGAACAAUUGUCACUGACUCAUUAA